UCAGCUGUCGUGGCAGCGAACAGAGGCUGAAUGACUGCACAAACACUGGAGUUGGAAACCACAACUGUGACAGUAACCACCAUGAAGAUGCAGGAGUCAUAUGCAUUUCAGAUGAAGAGGUUAUAUGUGAUUUCGAGCAGGCUAUGCCACUGGAAAACCCUCCAGAAUGUAGUGAGAAAAACACUCAUUCUGGACCAUCAGAAGCAUGCAUACACAGGUAUGGAGUACGUGUUCCAUUCUAUCCAAUAAGUUCUCCCACGCCAUGC